AGGCGUCCUGCGGAGAUUUGUUUUUAGCUUAGCUGGAGCACACGAGUGUAAUUGCAACCGAGGGAAAGCGACAAGUUUUUCAUUUUUGUUCUCAUAAAACUGGUUUUCUCAGCAUAUCCUGCAAAAUACCAUAUAUCUUGACUCUGACAUAGACUUUCCGCUAUGCCAUUGCACCGUGACCGGGAGAAAAAGGAGAGUACAGCUGAGGAGAUGGAGGCGGAGGAGCAUGAGCAGGAGGCAUCAAGCUCAGAGGAGGAGGACUCUGACACUUCCUCUGUCUCUGAAGAUGGGGACAGCUCUGAAAUGGAUGAGGAGGACUGUGAGCGGAGAAGGAUGGAAUGUCUGGAUGAAAUGUCCAACCUGGAGAAGCAGUUCACUGAUCUCAAAGACCAGUUGUAUCGUGAGCGUCUCAGUCAGGUUAACACCAAGCUCGCAGAGGUGGAGGCUGGCCGGGCAGCAGAAUAUCUGGAGCCUCUCGCGGUAUUGCUGGAGAACAUGCAGGUUCGCACCAAGGUGGCAGGUAUCUACAGAGAGCUGUGCCUGGAGUCUGUGAAGAACAAGUACGACUGUGAGAUCCAGGCAGCAUGCCAACACUGGGAGAGUGAGAAGCUGCUGCUGUUUGAUACAGUGCAGAGUGAACUGGAGGAGAAAAUCCGAAGACUAGAGGAAGACAGGCACAGCAUCGAUAUCACAUCAGAGCUGUGGAACGAUGAGCUGUCAGGAAGGAAGAAGAGGCGAGAUGCUUUAAGUCCAGAUAAGAAGAGGAGGCGGCCCUCGGUGGUGUCAGGUCCAUAUAUUGUCUAUAUGCUACCGGAUCUGGACAUCCUAGAGGACUGGACAGCAAUCAGAAAGGCUGUGGCUACACUCGGUCCUCACAGAGGGAGGUCUGACUCUGAGAGCGCCGCGUUCCCGUUCAGACCCGACAGAAGCAGGCCCAUUCUCAACUGCUGAGACACCCACACAAGCAGUCACAUGUUAAAAGGAAAAACACCUCAAGGACCUACAGUGCAUGGAAACAUCUACAUGACACACAUGGUGGCAAUCAGGUCUGCGGUCAUAAAAACACACACAGCUGGACAUUUCUCUGAAUCUUCCCAGAAUCCUUGCACUUCUCUGCUGUCGGUGACUCUGCCUGUCGGUGAGACAGUUGGUAAGCUGCCUCUCCUGUCGACCGGCAUGCCUUUAAAGGACAAACAAGAAUGGAAGCAUUAUUGAUCCCCACUCGUAUGUUGGAUAUUGCUGCUUUACUUCACUCUCAGGCUCUCUAGAUGGUUUCAACCAGCACAGGUUUGUGAAUUUUGAUAAGAAAACCACAAAUUUAAAAAACCUGCUCAUUCUUAAGGUUGUGAAAGUGGUCCAGGAUUUUCUGUUCUCUUCAGUGUGUAAAAGCCAUCGAUGCUGCAGUUUAAGCAUCACUGAACAAUAAAGUUUAUCAGGUUAUGUGACACCACCAUGCAGUCCGUAAGGCCACACAAGCUGCCCGCAGGCCGGCUAAAAGAUCACAAAUCACAUCCUGCACCAAGGCCAGCGCACUGUUUGUCUGAAUCUGUAUCAAAACUCAGUUAAGUUCUUCCUUUGGGUAUAUGCCACCUCUCUGCUUAAUCAUUUUUGUGUAAUCUUGCUUAAAAAAAAAAGAUGAACGUCACUGAAAACAAAGCUCCACCCUGGUGAGAGGAGUAACUCCAGCAGCACACAGAAUGAUUUCUGGUGUGAAACUUGAAUUGCAGCUUGAGAACGUGCAUGAGCUACAUCAUUUCAGAGCAACUGUUCCUUCAGAUUGAUUUCAGUCAGUGUUUACAUUUUGAACACAUCCAUUCACUCAGGUGCAGAGAUCCUUCAUUAAAAAUUUAAAUCCUCCUGAAAGCUAGUAUUUGGUGAGAUGGCUUCAUCAUUAAGAUUGUCUUGAGUUAAUUGCUUAUUGGGUUUGGCAAAUUUUUCAGCUGAGCAUCAAAUUCAUAACCAGUUUGACUUUUUACAACUUGCAAACUUUGUUCUUAAAAUCAUCUACAGCUCUGUGGUGAUGGCCAGUUGGAAAAGCAAGCUUAUGAUCAGGAAGUCACAACCUUUCUGUGCUCAGUGACAAGGUCAAGGAGGUGGUUCGACUUCACAGAUUCAGCACGUGUUGUAGAUUAUCAAAACUUCAGGCUUCCAAUGAUUAUAUAAGUCCAUUCAUUGUGCCAUUUUUUUUUUUUUUUGUGUGUGUGUAUAUCAAGAUCACAUGCUCUUUUCGACAGUUUACUUUGUUUGAAGGGCAUCCAGUAGAUAUUUCACAUAAAGAUGACAGUACAUUCAGAAAUGCAUACAUUUCCUGUCAGUGAACUGACCUUAAACUAACAACUAAGUGGCUGUAAGAGCAAAAAAAACAGGUGUUAUUUCAGUCUGCCUUGUUCAGAUAGUAUACAGGAUUUAUGGAUACCUGAGCAGUUUAAUAAUUUUUUUUGACAGUCGAGGCAUAUUACUCUGCUGUUUACCAUUGCAUCACAAAGCAGCCUUUGUAAUGCACUGAAAAUCACACUGACAGAAAUAUUUUAUCCACCAAUGCCAGAUCUCAGGGUUACUUUGAAGUGAGGCAGAUCUGUGCUGACUUUUAAUCUAAUCUUGCCCACAGUCCACUUCUGCGGUUUCAUUACAUUCAGCUUGGUCAUUUUAGCAUAAUCAGACAAAUAUACAGAACAGAAAGCAUAAUGCUGCUUAAGUGAGGGCCAAAUGUCAUGCAUAAACAACACAUGAAAAGUUAAAAUGCUGUUGUUGUUCUUCAGCAGGUAUUAUGUUCUUUACUCUCACAUCUACCUCUUCUCUGUCUUGCUGUCUAAAGUAUAGUUCAUGUUUUUCCUCAUGAACAUGUAAAUCCUGCCAUCUUUAUGAAUGAGAGCAGUUUGUUUGGGUGAUUUAUUGGUUGAUAUGGCUGUUCAGCUUUGGUAGGAUUUUUUUAAUCCUAUGGUGAUGUUAACUGUAUACACAGGUGGAAAAUAAUAAGCCACCAACACCUUCCCUAAAUCAUCACAGUGUUGAUGAUGAUGAAACAAAACUGUCAUUUGAUAGUAUUGGGGUUUUUUUAUGUUUAGGUGGUGGAGAUUUAAUAUUCAAACUAUUUGUUCAUGAUCUGUUUUCAUUUUUCUUUUUUUUUUUCUUCAUAAUGUUGAUGGAUUUUACAAUUAAAAGUUGUUUUAUAAACAUG